CCACACCACCGUCGUCCACCGCUCCGGCGCCCUCUCGUACAACGAGUCAAGCUCAAACUGCGGCACCGUCGGUGGACGAUCGACGCAGGAAGCUUUCGAGGCCUCAGAAUAAAGCCGAGACUCGCAGCUUGCGUGGUGAUUCAUCGUCGCAGGAGAACGACAAAAAAAUGCAUCAAACAUCUUCAAGACUCCUCCGCAUGACGGACGAUGAGCGACCAUAUACUCGGCCUUGCCACGUGUACCUAUCCACUUCCCACGUUUUUCUCUCCCACCAUUCCAUAUACCAAACCUUAAUGUUAGAUUCUGCACUUGCAGUUUCUUCGACCACAUCAAUCAUGUCGUGCUCCCCUAUCACAUCGCUUUCUGAAAUCACCUCAUUUGUCGGAGCUAAGCACGAAUGGGACUUCAAGGACUUGUUCGCCACACUCAUCGUUAGCCUUCCCCUUACAGCGCAUCGUGUCCGCUUUCAGAAAGUUGAUCACACAUUCACCUCUGAAGAAGCUAUCACCAACUUAGGCUCGCUCAAAUUCUCACAAUCUAACCGAAUGCCCGAUCCGAAAGAUCCUUCGCGUAUUGUCACCACCACCACUACCACAACCUUCUCCAUGGCCAAAGAAAUGGCUCGUUCUGUCUGUCAGAAGUUCCUGGACGCGAGAUUCAUCGAGUCUGUUGAUGGAAAGAUCGACUUUACAUCCAAAAGUGCGGUAUGGCAGUUGACACCCAAGGGCAUGCAUAUCCUUCACCGGUUCUGCCUACGCAACGGCAUUGCACAAGACCACGUUAAGAGUAUAAUAGAAUCGCCAAGAAACUGUAUGAAGCUCGUCAUUUUAGAAAGAGAUGUCGAAAGCGAUAGGCUCAGCCAUGACGCCGCUACUGUCGAAGUCAUCUUUCGCAGAUUUGCUGGGCCAGCUCCGAAUGUCAAGACAGAAGCAGCAGUAUCUGACUCUGACUCCAUACAUGAGUAUGCCACUGGCCUGGUCGGUGUCAAGAUGUUGAACGAUCGCAAGGUCGGUGACCGCUUCUACAAACUGUCCUUCACAGGCAAGGCUGCCACAGAUUGGCUCAUGGAUUGUUGCACUAUGGUAGACAAGCGUGAAACAUACGAAGUGGCUAGUCUCUUUGUUGAAUUUGGAUUGAUCCGCGCUGUUGAAGGGUUCGGUAACACGACCCGGUUCCAGGCAUCAAAAGGCGCCAUAUACUACGUCACAGAGCGUGGCCAAGUUGUUGCAGGUUGGCUCUCAGGUCCUACAGGUUCUCUCAAUGGAGAUUCCGCAAGCAAGCUUACUACUCCCGGCAACAUGGUAGGGCGAGAUUCAAAUGCCAACAGGAUGCAAGUCAUCGUCAAAGAUCCCGCCCUCCGGUUACUGUUCAGGGAAUAUUUGAGACAUACUCACUGCGAGGAAAAUCUGUCUUUCUACCUAGAUGUCAGCGAAUUUCUGACAAACUACCGAACCUCUAAGAAGUCUACAAACACACCCAAACUCGAGUUCAUCAGAGAGACGCUCGCGUCGGCUUACAGCCUUUACAACGCUUUCCUUGCACCGGGCUCGCCCUGCGAGCUGAACAUUGACCAUUCAUUGCGCAUUGCAUUGGCAUCCAGGAUGACACGCGCGGUCGGUGACGAUGAUGCGAUGAUCAGAAGUCUUGAUGAGGUUGCCAACCUGUUCGAUCAGGCGCAGACAACUGUAUUCAAACUUAUGGCGACUGACUCGGUACCCAAAUUCUCGAGAGACCCGAAGUAUGUCAAUGUUCUCAAGGAACGUAACCUGGACUUCGGCAACUCCUCGCAAUAGUCAUGAAGUGAUGGAACACCACCUUCACUCUAUUCGGAGACGUUCUACAACUCUCACUCGCGCCCAGUCUCGAACAGAACACUUACCUUCAACAACUGGUGAGACGCUAUACAGACAUUCAUUUGACCAUCACAUCGUGUCUCACCUGUAUGCCUCGCCUGCAGCCAACUUGCAAUAUAUUGUGAGAGUUUCGUAAAUAAAACCCGCCGCAUGCGCUGCAGGACUGUCGAACCUCGCGAGCCGUCUUC